UUUGAACCCGGCGCGCAGCAGCCAAUCACAGUGCAGGUUUUUGUCUCACGCAGGGCUGCUGCAUGUUCACUCAUCAUGAUGGGACCACCAGGAAUCCCACCUCACUUCCCUCCAAUGGGAAUGCCGCCCAUGGGCCAGAGGCCACCCAGCAUGGCCCCUUUGCCUCCUGGAAUAAUGCCUCCCAUGAUGCCACCAAUGGGACAGAUGCCUGCCAUGCUGCCACCAAUGAUGCCAGGAAUGAUGAUGCCCCCCCGUUUGCCAGCUGCAUCUGUACAACCUACAGGGCCGCCUGGUGUGAGUCCAGUGGAAUCUGCAGCUCCAGCUGCUCCUGGAACUGUAAGCACCACCUCAACUGAUUCUUCACCUGAGGAACUGCAAAGAAAGAGGUCAUUGUGGACCGAGCACAAAUCACUGGAUGGAAAAACAUAUUACUACAACACAGAGUCCAAACAGUCCACCUGGGAGAAACCUGAUGAUCUCAAAUCACCUGCAGAGCAAAUGCUGUCCAAGUGCCCUUGGAAGGAGUAUAAAUCUGACACUGGAAAGCCCUACUACUACAACUCGCAGACCAAAGAGUCCCGCUGGACUAAACCCAAAGAAUUGGAGGAUCUAGAAGCGAUGAUAAAAGCAGAGGAGAAUGGGACCGCUGACGUUGUGGCUCCUGGCACCACACCUGCUGUCACGUCUCAGAGCGAGUCUACUGUUGCCAUGGUUGCGGUUGCCGAGACUGAGACUACCAUGACGACAAGCACCACAGAGGAGCAACCGUCUCACGUGCCUGCGCAGGAUGCUGAGGUCAGCAGUGAUGUUACUGUGAACUCCACUGAGGAAACGCCCAGCGUAGAGACACAGCCCAGUAAUGACGUUUCUAAGGAGGAGAGACCUGAGCUGGUGAAGAAAGUUUACAAAUGGAACACAAAAGAGGAGGCAAAGCAGGCCUUUAAAGAGCUCCUGAAAGAAAAGGGAGUUUCCUCUAAUGCAUCAUGGGAACAGGCGAUGAAGCUCAUAAUAAACGACCCACGUUACAGUGCUCUUCCCAAGCUGAGUGAAAAGAAACAGGCAUUCAACGCUUAUAAAGUCCAGACAGAGAAAGAGGAGAAAGAAGAAGCCAGAAUCAAAUACAAAGAGUCUAAAGAGACCUUCCAGCGCUUUCUUGAGAACCAUGAGAAGAUGACCUCAACUACUAGAUACAAAAAAGCGGAGCAGAUGUUUAAUGAGCUGGAGGUGUGGUCAUGUGUCCCAGAGAGAGACAGGCUGGAGAUCUAUGAAGAUGUGCUUUUUUAUCUUGCAAAGAAAGAGAAGGAACAAGCCAAGCAGCUGAGGAAGAGGAACUGGGAGGCACUUAAAAACAUUUUAGACAACAUGGCAAACGUCACAUACAGAACCACCUGGUCUGAGGCUCAACAGUACCUGCUGGACAACCCCACUUUUGCUGAAGAUGAGGAACUACAAAACAUGGAUAAGGAAGAUGCCUUGAUCUGUUUUGAGGAACACAUCCGUGCUCUUGAGAAAGAGGAGGAAGAUGAGAAGCAGAAAACUCUUCUGCGAGAGAGACGCAGACAACGCAAGAACAGAGAAUGCUUCCAGAAAUUUCUGGAUGAGCUUCAUGAACACGGGCAGCUGCACUCCAUGUCUGCCUGGAUGGAGAUGUACCCGACCGUCAGUGCUGAUAUCCGCUUCAACAACAUGUUGGGCCAACCAGGCUCCACCCCUUUGGAUUUAUUCAAAUUUUACGUGGAGGAUCUGAAAGCCCGCUACCAUGAUGAGAAGAGAAUUAUCAAAGACAUCCUGAAGGAUAAAGGCUUUCUGGUGGAGAUCAACACAGGCUUCGAGGAUUUCGGCUCAGUGAUCAGCUCUGAUAAACGUGCCACCACACUGGAUGCAGGAAACAUCAAACUGGCCUUCAAUAGCUUACUGGAGAAAGCAGAAGCCCGUGAGAGGGAGAGAGAGAAAGAGGAGGCACGGAAGAUGAAGAGGAAGGAGGCGGCAUUUAAGAGCAUGCUGAAACAGGCCACGCCCCCUCUGGAGCCAGAAGCCGCAUGGGAGGGAGUAAGAGAGCGGUUCCUGAAAGAGCCUGCGUUUGAGGAUAUCACGCUGGAGUCGGAGAGGAAGAGGAUAUUCAAAGACUUCAUGCAUGUUCUAGAGCACGAGUGUCAACAUCACCACUCUAAAACUAAAAAACACUCAAAGAAAUCCAAGAAACACCACAGAAAACGCUCAAGAUCUCGAUCGGGUUCGGAGUCAGAGGAAGAAGAUUACCACUCCAAGAAGAAGAAACGUUCAACAUCUAAAUCUCCAUCUGAGCACUCAUCCUCUGGAGAAUCUGAGAGAAGUUACAAGAAAUCUAAGAAGCACAAGAAGAAAGGAAAGAAAAGACGACACAAAUCAGCCUCUCCAGAGUCUGACGGAGAAAAAGAGCGGAAGGGGCGAGAAAAAGAGAAGGAUAAAGAAAACGACAAGUCUAGAGGGAAGCCCCGUGGAGAAUCCAAACAGAAAUCUCCAAAAAGAAAGAGCGCAAAAGAGGAGGGAGGAUGGGAUACGUCUGGCAGUGAACUCAGCGAAGGAGAGCUGGAGAAGAGGAGACGCACUCUAUUAGAGCAACUCGACGCACCAUAAUCAAUCACUGUCCUACUGUCCGUCUUUCUCUCUCGUCCAUUCCUGUAAUGUGUAUUUCAUCCCUUUAGAAUGUGCUGACUGCAUAUGGAUGAGGAUCUGAGCGGUGGGUUUUUGGCUCUGUAUUCAAGGCAGUAUUGUCUGAACAUCAGCUGCAUUUUUGUAAGAUUAUUUUCAGAGGUUGCAAGUAUUACUUUGCCGUUAACUGCAGAACCUUUUUUAGGUAGUUGUACAUUGAAUGCUAGUUUCUCGAACAUUCGCUGAAAAAAUAAACAGGCCUUCAGAGAAACAACUGUUUUCAUUCAACUUCAAAUGUAAUGUUGUAAAAGCCAUUUACAUUUUUUUUUUUUUGUCAAUGUUACUAGUACAGAGAAGUCUGGAGUUGUUUUAAACUUUGAUUUUGACAAAUAAACCUACAAUUCGAUUUUA